CUGGGUGAGAGGUGAGUCGAGAGGAAGUAGAGAGAAGACGUUACUGGAAAUGACAGCAGAGAAGAUAACUCGCUGUCUACAGAGAAACCUGCAAUGAUCAUAUGACCAAACCAAGGAGGAUGGAGGAGCACCAGAGUCACAUGACUGAGAAGAUACUAAACCUCACCCUGGAGAUCAUUUACCUGCUGACCGGAGAGAGUAUUUCUCUUGUGAAGUCUGGAGAUCAUAUGACCAUCACAGUGCCUCCACCUCACUCCCUGACACCUGAGAUAAACAGUCAAAAGAAGAUUCUAGAAGUCACCAAGAAGAUAAUGGAGCUGCUGACAGGAGAGAGUGGAAACCCCUGGGAUAAUAAUAUAGUUGUUAAAGAAGAGUAUAAAGAGGAGGAUGAGGAAUAUGGAGUGAUGGAGGAGUUUUCAGAAGGACACAAGGAUCCCUUCAAGGAUAUUAUGAAGGAUUCCCCUAAUAACAGGAACCCACCAGAGAGAUGUCCUCGUCCUCUUUAUUCCCGGGAUUCCACACAGAAAGAUCACACCAUCCCUCACCAUGACAAGGUUGGUGGGGUUGAGCAUCUAGAACAUGUAUUUUUUAUGUGAUUGCAUAAUUUUAAAGGUUAUAGUUUACAGUUGUUAUUUUCUAGCAUUCUCUUGGUUUAGGGUGAAGA